CGGCGUUCACUUUUCCUUCUACAUUCCCGAAACUACCCUUCGCUGGGGGGAUAAAGCAUGGGUAUUUCCGUACAUUGAAGAACAAAUAUCGCAAUUUCCGCCCGUUAUAAAUUGACAAAAACGAAAGAAACGGCUCUUUCCCAUCUUCCCUAGCGAAGAGAGAGACGGAAGAUUUAUUCAAGAGAAGCGUAUUAUUGAGACAUCUGCCACCAAUUUACAGAGCUGGCUUUGCUUCCUUCCGCUUUCUUUCUUCUCUCUUACCUUUUUCUCUUCAUCCUGUGGAUUGGAUUCUCUAGGGAUCAAAAGGGCUUUUUUGAUUUUCCCCUUUCUCUUUUCCAAUCUGAGUUUUUCUCUCUCGACCGUUUCGCCGUGCGGCUCGCUGUGGAGCGAGGUGGGGAGAAGCGGAGGGGAAUUUGGGGGGAUAGGCAGCAAGCCUUAGCUAGAAAUCCUGUGUUUGGAGAGAGGACGGGUAAAUUUGACAGUGGAGGGUGAAAGCAGCGUAGAUCGAGGAGAGGGAAGGAGGAGCCAUAGAGCUGCUCGCUUCUAUUUGUUGUCGUGUUGGGAGUGGAAAGCUGAUUGCUUUACUCUGAUUUGGUUUGUGGGUUCUGAUUCUAUUUGUUUUUUGGUGAGAAAGAGAGAAAAAAUGUGGUGGAUGAUGGGUGAGAAUGGCGGCCAUUACUGCUCGAAGAAGACAGAUGAUAUGUGUGGUGAUGUUUGCGGCCAGCAGGAUUCUGGUCGGGUCAUGAGCAUGUCAAGAAUCAAGUGCAUUCUUCGCGGCGUGGAUUUGAAGACGUUGUUGUUCCUCUUCAUUCUGGUGCCUACUUGUGUAUAUGGGAUUUAUUUACAUGGGCAGAAGAUCUCGUACUUCUUGCGGCCACUAUGGGAAUCACCACCAAAAGGCUUCAAUGAAAUUCCGCAUUACUACAAUGAGAAUGUGACAAUGGAGAACCUGUGCAAGCUCCAUGGCUGGCAGAUUCGGGAGUUUCCAAGGCGUGUCUAUGAUGCAGUUUUGUUUAGUAAUGAGAUGGACAUCUUAACACUUCGGUGGAAGGAAUUGUACCCCUACAUAACUCAGUUCAUUCUUCUGGAGUCUAAUUCUACAUUCACUGGGACCGAGAAACUGCUCUAUUUCGCCAACCAUCGGGACCAGUUCAAAUUUAUCGAGCCAAGGUUGACCUAUGGAAAUAUUGGUGGCAGGUUCAAGAAGGGAGAGAAUCCCUUCAUCGAGGAAGCAUAUCAGCGAGUUGCAUUGGACCAACUUAUUAAAGUUGCAGGCAUCUCAGAUGAUGAUUUGUUGAUAAUGUCGGAUGUUGAUGAGAUUCCCAGCAAGCAUACUAUCAAUCUCUUGAGAUGGUGUGAUGACAUACCUCAAGUCCUUCACCUCCGGCUGAGAAACUAUCUAUAUUCAUUCGAGUUUCUUGUGGAUAACAACAGCUGGAGAGCUUCUGUCCACAGGUAUAAGAUGGGGAAGACCAGGUAUGCACACUAUCGCCAGUCAGAUGACAUAUUGGCUGAAGCAGGGUGGCAUUGCAGUUUUUGUUUCCGACGUGUGAGUGAGUUCAUCUUCAAGAUGAAGGCUUACAGUCAUUUUGAUAGAGUGAGGUUCAAACGUUAUUUGGACCCUGAAAGAAUCCAAAAGGUGAUAUGCAAAGGUGCAGACUUAUUCGAUAUGCUUCCCGAGGAGUAUACCUUCAAGGAAAUCAUUGGGAAAAUGGGUCCUGUCCCUCAUUCUUAUUCUGCAGUUCACCUUCCUUCUUACCUUUUGGAGAAUGCUGGUGACUAUAAGUUUCUCUUGCCCGGUCAUUGCAUAAGAGAAAGUGGGUGAUUCUGGGUUAUGACCUAUGACUAUCCCUACAUUUUGUUGUUGUAAAGGUGAGUUGGAUGUCGAGGAAUCCAACUCAAAUUGUUUGAGGACUCUGAUGGAUUUGUCGCUAUUACAGCCAUGCUGCAAUCUAGAUGUCCCCAACUUGAGGUAUUUGGAUUGCUUGCGGCAGAUUCUUGGAGGAUCAAUCAUUAUGUAUAUAGCCUUUCUUUCGAGCCUGAGCUUGAUGAUGACAGGAGGUGGUGAGUGGAGUUUGACCAUGGCACAAGAAACUUGCUGCGAUACGAACAAUCUGCUAGUUGUUGUUUACAACACCCUUGUGCUUCUGUAGUUCUUAGAACGGAUAUGAACAAGGAUUUUCCUGAGGAAACAAUUAAUUGUGAGGGUUUAAGCUCGAUGAUGUCCCUUCAUGGAGGGGGAAAUUUUGUGUUGGAGACAUUUAUUUGAUGAUGUGUCAUUAACUCCUUGAUUCAUGAAUAUAUCCGAAAUUCUGUUUAGAUCUGUAAUUUCAUACAUGCUUCCAUGGUCUUCUAAUUACUUGCUGGCCAAGCAAGCAGCUGUGAAAUUUCACCUUUUCUUUUUUGAGAAGGUCAAACAUCAAUGAACUGGACGUGGUGGCAAGACAUGCUUCUUGCUAAGAUUCCCCCUCUGCAAGACGUUCAUCUUGUUGCAGGAGGAAAGCUUGCAACUUUUUGCUUCUGCCUAAUUGUAUGGAGUUUUUAGGGCAAGACGGACAGUCUGUAAGAUUCCAAGCGGCCCCCAAUAUAAUAAAUAUUCCGGGACAACAUGCUUUUGUUUCCAGAGGAGACCAGACAUUUCCCUCUUGCAAGUAAUGUUUGUAUUUGCCUGUUUGUUUUCUCUCUCCUCCACUUGAAACGUUUACUUCUUGUAUCCCAGAAUGCUUGACUGUGGGGGCCAAUUAUUCUCGAGGGUCGGUCGUAUCCAAUUGAGCUUGUAAAUAGCAUUAGGACUCGGGAGGAGUUUUGCUUCUCUGUCAAUGAAGCUGGCACAGGAUGGUAAGACUAAUUCCUCUUCUCAAGCCUGCAUUAAUGAUUGCUGUAACUGAAGGGUCGUUGUUUGCAGCAGCCAUUGACUAGCUUCUAGUGGGCUGGUGUCCAUAUAGUUUAGGCUUGAAAAAACAACACAUCGGGGAAUGAUAUUUGAGUGGAGGCUUUGUUUUCUUCAAAAACUAGGUGGGUCUUUCUGUACAAUCAAUCAGAAGAUUAAAGGCUUGUUGGAAAAUAUAAGGAUAGAGAGAGAGAGAGAGUUGGAUUCUGAGGUAUAAGGUCAUUUGGACAACCAAGUGGUAGAUAGUGAAUAGUUUGAAAAUGGUGAUACUGACUUGUUCCAUCCCUUAUCACGGCAACACAAUUGGUGGAAAAGAGCAGAUGCUGCGAUAGAAAUGGGAUCAACAACUUUCGUCCCAAGGAUUCCUCGAGAUGAUGAUGUGGUGCAAGAGAAUCCAACAAUUUGUGAAAAUUGCAGCCACUAUUAAUUAGUUGCUUAUGCUUGUGAAUGAAAUGUGAGAGGGAUGACAAGGCUACCCCAAAACUUUUGGGUUUUUUU